UCUAUUAUGCGUUAUUCAUAUGUAUGUUAGAAUUAACAAUAAAAUUAGCGAGGGAGUAAGCAUGAUAAUCUGAGAAAAUCAUAUUCCAACCGAUUUGGAGAAAAAGUCAGCAAAAAUGUUAUUGUUGUGUAUGACGCUACUGAUUUGGACACCUUUGUUUUGUGCUGGACAAUCGUCAAGUUGCAUUGACGAAUAUCCAAUUGACGCCUGUCGCAUUUUUCAAUCAAAUGGCCAGUGUCAAACAGACGUUGGAAAUCUUUGCAAAGUGACAUGUGGAAAGUGCAGUUUGGGCCCGGUUUUUCGCCCACCAUUGCAACAAACUCCGCCCCGACCAGUAACUCUACCGCAACCAGUUGCUUGCAAUGAUCGGGACGCGCAAUGUUCUACUUGGGUUGCAUCGGGCUACUGUUUCACGGUAAAUGAAGUUGCCAGACUUUGUCCGAGAUCGUGUAAUUCUUGCGUACAAAUAGCAGGACCAACAAGUGGAACAUGGACGGGUUGGGGACCUUUCGGGUCCUGUAGCAAAGCAUGCGGGUCCGGUCUGAAAACCCAAUACAGAACCUGUAUUGGAACUUCCUGUAUUGGAUCUUCCUCAAGAAGUCAUUCCUGUUUCCUACAAGCCUGUGCUGAACCAAAAGGACGAUGGGAAAUAUGGGGAGCAUAUGGAUCAUGCUCCGUAACAUGUGGUAGAGGAGAAAGAACCAGAUUCAGACGUUGUAUUGGAAUAAAUUGUAUUGGCAGUUCUUCAUCGACAACAAAUUGUGUAAAACCGUUGUGUGCAAUAGAACCGUUGCCAUUUUCACCGUUAUUUCCAGAUAUUUCAUUUAUUAUUCCAAAUAUUCCCACAAUUCCCGAUAUUUCGGAUUUCAAAAGAAUAAGAGGAUGCACUGAUGAUAGAUUUUGCAAAUCAUACAUUGCUUUCAAUCCCGGGAAAUGUUCCGAAUCACUUGUAGCUGCUGCAUGUAUGAAGGCUUGUGGAAAAUGCAAAGGCGGUUCAACUGGUACAUUAGGAAAAUGGACGAGGUGGGGAUCCUGUAGCAAAACGUGUGGGGCAGGAACAAGGACCAGAACACGAAAAUGUUCUGGACGCUGCGUAGAAACACUAAAACAAACGGAAAAAUGUACAAUCAGAAAAACUUGCCCGAAAAAACCACCUAAAAAAUCAAAAUGGUCCACAUGGGGUGCGUAUUCUUCUUGUACAAGAACGUGUGGGGGUGGUACGAAAACUAAGAAACGACGUUGUCGCUACGGUAAAUCUUGCAAAGGCUCUUCAACCUCAACAACAAAGUGCAAUGUUCAAAAAUGCAAAAAACGAGGGUGGAGCCCUUGGUCAAAAUAUUCAAAAUGCACAAAAAGUUGUGGCGGAGGAACGAGGACCAGAACUAGAAAAUGUUAUGGUAUAUUCUGCGGAUUAGGAUCUUCUAGACAGACUGAGAAAUGUAACGUUCAGAAAUGCACGACAACUAAAGGAGUUUGGGAUAAUUGGGGCCCGUAUUCAAAAUGCACAAAAACGUGUGGAACCACGGGGACUCAAACCAGAAAAAGAAAAUGUAAAACAACGAACUGCGUUGGAAGCUCAACGUCUUCGAAGAAAUGUAACCAAAAGCGAUGUAUCCCUUCAUCAUCAGGAAGUUGGAGUAAAUGUACAAAGACUUGUGGGAUCGGUACUCAAUAUAAAUUUGAUUCCUCAAGUUGUACAUCUGCAUCAAGUCCAAGAUGUCUUCGCACUUUUCGAGCAUGUAAUAAACAAAGAUGCCCAAAUAAAAGUUGUCCGAGACCCAAGAAACUGAGAUAUGGUUCGAAUCAUGCUUGUUGCGAAUCCGCAGAAAGUAAUGUUCAACGCAUUAUUGGUGGAGAUGGGGCUAGUAUACAAAACUGGCCUUGGAUGAUUCUUGUUUUGACCGGCGAGGUCUGUGCUGGAACUCUGAUUCAUAGACAGUGGGUGUUGACAGCAGCUCACUGCUUGAGUUCCAAUCCAGUUGAUCGAAGAAAAACACAAAUAUAUGCAGGGAUUGAAAAAUAUUCUGAUCACCACAAGACUAAUCCCAUUGCAAUUGAAAGAGUUAUUGUUCACCCUGAGUUUAACUCCAAAACUUUAAACAACGACAUCGCUUUGAUCGAGCUGAAACAACCCCUUUUGAUGAAAAGCACUAUAAGGUUUGUUGAUCUUCCAUUUGGCGAAGAAACACCGAUCGAUUCAAUUUGUUACACAACUGGAUGGGGAGUUACUCAUCCUGAUGCAACUGUCGAAUCCGAACAAUUGCAAAAAGUCAGUUUACAAAAUUUUGACAUGGCAUACUGUAGAAAGCAAUACAAAAUUGGAAAAAAUUCAGAAGCCCAGAAAGCUAUGAUUUCUACUACUACUAAAUUUCUAUGUGCAGGAAGUCUUACCGACAACCGAGAUACGUGCUAUGGCGACAGCGGCGGUUCAUUAGUCUGCCAAAGAUGCUCUUCCUGUCGCUGGUACAUCGCCGGAAUAACGACAUUCGGAUUUCCGGGUACAUGUGGAAGAGUGGGUUAUCCUGGAUUGUAUGUCAAAGUUCGAAGCUAUGAAAACUGGAUUGCCAGUUAUGUAACUGAGCUAACAAGGGGUCGCAAGUCAUGCCCGUACGAAUAUGGGCCGUGAGGUGGUUGUUUUAGGCAUUGAAUGUUGUAAAUAUCGUUUCUCGCUCUGUGACGUAGUCAUUAGUUUCGUUAGCUGUUGUUUUUAUAGUGAGCACUGGGUACUCAUAUUACGGAUUUUUGACUUGACAUAAUUAUAAAGUUAAAUUUCCCUAGAUUUUGCUGCCAUGAACAUUUUGAACCAUGAAUAAAUAUAUGACAGUUCCAUAAGA